UUCGGGGAGGAGGGGGGAUUCCUUGACGCGCGCUGGUAAACAGACAACAUGGCGGCGACAGUGGCAGUGGCAAGGGCGCCUUUCGGCUUCCUCCAACGUCGAGGAGGUUUGGCUGCUGCCACCCUCUCUGUUUCUUCUUCCUCUUCGUCCUCCCUGGGCCUCUUGAGCCUGAGGGGUUUAGCACACGGGCGCUGCUCGGCCCUGCCCUCUGCCGCGAGAGGUUACAGUUCUGAGGCGAAAGGAGGGGAAGAGGAGCUGCGGGUCCGAUAUUUGGACGAUGAACACAAAGGAAUUGUUGUACUUGGAAUAAAUAGAGCACAUGCAAAAAAUGCACUUAACAAAAAUCUUGUAAAAAUGAUGUCAAAAGUUAUGGAAGCUUUGAAAACUGACAAAAAAGUACGGACUGUUAUAUUCCGAAGUGAAGUUCCAGGCGUAUUUUGUGCUGGUGCGGACCUAAAAGAAAGAGCCAAAAUGCACUCGAGUGAAGUAAGCUCUUUUGUUUCAAAAGCAAGAACAACAAUUAAUGAAAUGGCUAAUCUUCCAGUACCAACUAUUGCAGCAAUAGAUGGCAUUGCAUUAGGUGGUGGUCUAGAAUUGGCUUUAGCAUGUGACGUAAGAGUGGCAGCCACUUCUGCAAAAAUGGGUCUAGUUGAAACAAAGUUAGCAAUCAUUCCUGGUGCAGGUGGAACACAAAGGCUGCCUCGUACAAUUGGUGUUUCUCUGGCAAAAGAACUAAUAUUUUCUGCACGUGUACUUGAUGGUCAAGAAGCAAAAUCAAUAGGAUUGAUCAAUCAUGUGGUAGAACAAAAUGAAGCAGGGGAUGCUGCUUAUAAAAGAGCUUUAGCCCUGGCAAGAGAAUUUUUACCUCAGGGACCAGUAGCAAUGAGAGUUGCAAAACUGGCCAUCAAUCAAGGAAUGGAAUCUCAAAACUCCAUUGAGAGAAAACUGGCUGGGAAAUGUUUUAGUAGGAUAUGGGAAGUACUGGUAUUACUCUGCAGCUCACCUUUGCAGCAGCACAUACUUCAUAGAUGUUGGAUCUCAGUUCCCAUAUGCAAGUAUGUCAUCAUAUCUAGUUUCAGCUUCGGUUUAAAAACCAUUCAAAUGAAGAAUAAUCUGUUUGUCCAUAGAAUCACCUUUCCUAGAAAACAGCAUUUGUUAAUAAAGUAGGACUGUUUAAGUUUAGUAUCCUGGAGUACAUUUUCUUUGUCCUUUCAAGAAUCACUGGUUUGUUCAUAAUAUAUCCAUAUCUUUGUGCAAAGGCAUAUGGGUAAUGCAAAUAAAGAAACUUAAAGACGUACAGAGAUUGGACAAUAACCUGCAUUGGUCCUGCAUGUCUACUAGUUGUGAUGUGCCAGCAGGACUUGAUUCUAAUGCAAUAUGAACUCACUUCUUUCUCUGACCUCUACUGACCUGCCCAUUUGAAAAUUCCUGGUUCCUGUUACUUAGGCUUCACAUACUGCCCUUGGCUUGGCUAAAAACAACAGUGAUUUGAUUUAUUUUUACACUAUUAUUCUGAAAAUAGUAUAUAGAUACGAUGAAUUUAAUAUUAUGAGGUUUAUCCCAAAUGCUCAUUAAUGUCCUUUCCCCUGCUUUUGGAAGGCAGUUGGUCAAAAGCCAACUUACCUUGUUUUCUUUGACCUGACAUUCUGAAAAUGUGAUAUUGAUCUAUAUUGUCUUAUAUCAAUAUAUGUGAUGCUUUUAAAAUGAACAAAC